UCCAGUGCAACUAGUAAUCACAAUAAUGCUUUGCCACGUUGGUCGUACAAAGAGCAAACAAUGGGACAUUGUAAAUAAUCAAAGGAAAAGGUUCACAGCUUAGAGCGAGAGUAUACCAAGGCCAAGGAGACCUUUGGAGCUCUUUUUGUCCCCUGAACUCAAAAGCGAUCGACGGUAGUGGUCAUUACCACCAACCUGAGCACCAACAUGAGCAUCCACUGCGGCACCAACAUUGGCGUCGACACAGGCGUCGACAGCAACUGCGAUCUUGGCAUCGACAUCGGCUUGAACGGCAGCGCUGACGUGAGCACCUACAUGGACAGCGGCGUCGGCUUUGACGGCGGCGAGAACCUUGGCCUUAACAUCGGCGUCAACGAGAGCAGUGACCUUGGCGUUGACCUUGGCUUUGACGUCGUCAUCAAUGUCGGCGUUGACACCAGCAGAUACCAAGGCUGCCACCUUGGCAUCAACAAUAGCACGGACGGCCACAGCUACCUUGGCAGCAAUAUCGGCU